AUGGAUCAACAGCGAUUCCUGCAGCAGUUGCAGAUUAUCCUGGAUCCCUCCCAGGGAAACCUUAAGGGGGCCACCGGAGUCUUGCAAAAGGAGUUCUACAACAAGCCCGAAUCCCUUGUAUUCCUUAUCCAGCUCUGCACUAGCCAUGAUGACCAGAAUCUGCGCCAGCUCUCUUCUGUGGAGGCCCGUUCGCUCGUUUCCAAGCACUGGCUGAAGGUUCCCGCCGAUCAGAAGCCCCAGAUCCGUGAGCAGCUCCUUCGCUCCACCAUGGGUGAGAGCUCAUCUCUCGUUCAACACUCUAUCGCUCAGAUCAUCUCCGCUAUUGCCAAGAUCGACUUGAACGACGGCGAGUGGGCUGACCUGCCUAACCUGCUCCUGCAGGCUGGUAACAAUGGCAACGCCGCUGAGCGUGCUGUGGCCAUCUACAUCCUCUUCACCAUCUUGGAUACUCUCGGUGAAGGCUUUGAGGAGAAGUUCCAGGACCUCUUCAACCUCUUCAACAAGACCAUCCGGGACCCCGAGAGUGCCGAAGUUCGUAUCAACACACUCAUGUCGUUGAGCAAGCUUGGUAUGCACCUUGACUCGGAGGAGGAUGAGGCUCCCGUCAAGGCCUUCCAAGAGAUGGUCCCUGCCAUGGUCGCUAUCCUCAAGGACUCCAUUGAACGGCAGGAGGAGGACCACAUCCUGCAGUCUUUCGAAGUCUUCCAGACUCUGCUUGGUUGUGACCCUGCCUUGCUGACUGUCCACCUCAAGGACCUGGUCAUCUUGAUGAACCAGAUCUCUGCCAACACUGAGGUGGAUGAGGAUGUUCGCACCCAGGCUAUCAGCUUCCUGAUGCAGACCAUCCAGUACCGCAAGCUCAAGGUUCAGGGUAUGCGAAUUGGCGAGGAACUCACCCGCACUGCUCUCCAAAUCGUGACCGAGCUGGGCGAUGCCGCUCCUGGUGAUGAUGACAUCACCCCUGCCCGUUCCGCUCUCGGCCUCCUGGACAUGCUCUCCCAGAGCCUGCCUCCCAGCCAGGUCGUUGUCCCCUUGCUCCACGCGCUGGGUCAGUACUUCAACAACGCCAACCCUGACUACCGUCGCGCUGGUAUCAUGGCCCUUGGCAUGUGUGUUGAGGGUGCCCCCGACUUCAUCAGCACCCAGAUGAAGGAGAUCUUCCCUAUGGUCCUCCAGCUUCUUGCUGAUCAGGACCCCAAGGUGCGCCAGGCUUCGUUGCACUCCGUUGCUCGUCUCGCAGAGGACCUCGUUGAAGACCUCAGCUCCGAGCACGCGCGCCUCAUGCCCUUGCUCUUCCAGAACUUGGCAAGCGCCAUGCAAGAGUACAAGGGCGAGGAGGAAGGCCCUACACUCGAUAUCAUCAAGGCCGGUAUCAGUGCCAUUGAUGCUGUUGUUGAUGGUCUGGAUGAGAAGGAUGUUUCUCCUUACCAGGCCGAGCUUGUUCCUAUCCUGCACAACCUUUUCAAGCACCCCGAUUUCAAGAUCAAGGCCCUUGCUGCCGGUGCACUUGGCUCCCUCGCCUCCUCUGCCGGAGACUCCUUCCUCUCAUUCUUCGAUGAGUCGAUGCAUCUCCUCCAGGAGUUCGCUACUGUCAAGGACAGUGAGGACGAACUUGAUCUCCGUGCCAGUGUCACCGACUCCAUGGGUGAGAUGGCCGCCGCUGCUGGUCCCGAGCGUUACCAGCCGUACGUUGAGCCCCUCAUGCGCGCCACUGAGGAAGCUCUGCACCUCGGUCACUCCCGUCUCAAGGAGAGCACAUACAUCUUCUGGGGUGCCAUGGCCAAGGGCCUAUACGAUUGCAUUGAGCAGGACGAGAGUGACCUGGACGUUGACCUUGGCAGUGCUGCUAAGGACCUUGUUGGCCAGGAGGUUACCUUCAAUGGCCGCAAGGUCAAGGUCGCAAGUGCCGAAGACGAGGAUGACGGUGAUAUCGAGGAUGUUGAUCUCGAGGACGAGGAUGAGUGGGAUGACAUUACCGCCACCACUCCUCUCUCACUCGAGAAGGAGAUUGCUGUCGAGGUCAUCGGUGACCUUGUCACCCACACCCGCAGCGCCUUCCUGCCCUACUUUGAGAAGACCAUUGAGCAUGUGAUGCCCUUGUGUGAGCACCCUUACGAGGGCGUUCGCAAGAGCACCAUCAGCACCCUGCACCGCUCGUAUGCUAUGCUUUUUCGCUAUCGCCGAGGAGAAUGGCCAGAUGCCCAAGUGGCAGCCCGGUCUCCCCUUCAAGUUCAGCCUGCCAAGGAGGUCCAGAAGUUCGGUGAGAUUCUCAUGACGGCCACUGUCAAGAUGUGGACCGAAGAAGAUGACCGUUCUACUGUGGCCGAUAUCAACCGCAACAUGGCUGAGAACCUGCGCUUCUGCGGUCCUGCGCUCAUUGCCAAUGAGACCAUGCUUCACAAUGUGAUCCAGAUGAUCACUGAUAUCAUCACCAAGCAGCACAUCUGCCAGGUGGAGUUCGGCCCUGAAGAGGAGACACUUGAGGCUGGUGAGGAAACUUCCGAGUUCGACUGGAUCGUUGUCGACACUGCCUUGGACGUUGUCUCUGGCAUGGCUGCUGCCAUGGGCCAGAGCUUCGCUGAGCUCUGGAAGGUGUUCGAGAAGACCAUUCUUCGCUACGCUGGUAGCAGUGAGUCUCUUGAGCGCGCCACUGCUGUCGGCGUUCUCGCUGAGUGCAUCAACGGCAUGGGUGCCGCCGUGACUCCCUUCACCUCUGUCUUCAUGAAGCUGCUCCUUCACCGCCUCGCCGAUGAGGACUCUCAGACCAAGUCCAAUGCUGCCUAUGCCGUUGGUCGCUUGAUUCAGCACUCCAACGCUGAUGCUGAGAUCAUCAAGGAGAUCCCCACUAUCCUCUCCCGCCUCGAGACUUGCCUUCAGAUGAACGUCUCGCGUCUGCAGGAUAACGCUACCGGCUGUGUCAGCCGCAUGAUCUUGCGUUACCGCGACAGCGUCCCCAUCAAGGACGUUCUGCCUGCCCUCGUCAACAUCCUUCCCCUGAAGAACGACUAUGAGGAGAACGAGCCUCUGUACCGCAUGAUCUGCCAGAUGUACAAGUGGGAGGAUGCCACCAUCCGCGAGCUCACCCCCAACCUCCUUCCCGUCUUCCAGGCGGUUCUCACCGGCGAUGAAGAUCAGCUGGAGGAUGAGCGUCGGGCCGAGCUCAUUGAGCUUGUCAAGUGGCUGAACCAGAUGCAGCCCGGUGCCGCUCCCUGGGUGGAGCAGCUGUAA